GUUCCGCUUCAUGGGUUCCGCUCCUGGUUCGCAACAUUGUAUAUACAUACGCAUUAUAUGGCUUUCUCGGAGAUGCGAGUGAUAUUUGAAUUGAAGAGGCCAGUGGUCAAGGAAUAUAUACGCUGACUACCAACAACAUCCAAAAUUUAAGGUUCAAACGAACUACUGUCACUGCACAAGUGCACAACGACAUAACUUGAAAUGUCAGGAUGACCGAUGUCAAUAGAUAUAAAAACUACUCCAACCUUUAGCCCAAUUUUGAUAAUCCGUGAAAUACCGUGAAACGAACACAAUUUGUGUUCAAAAUAACAAUUAACAAUGCUGUGAGAGUGAGUUGUGUCGUUAAUUUUAUUAUGUAGUAGAAACCUAGUUUUUUGGAAGUAUUUCAUAGAAAGUUAAUCAUAUGACAAGUGCCAACAUAUUUCAAAACCCGCCUCCCUUAUACAAUGUCCAGGGAAGGGUUUACAGUGCCCAUGAGGAAAUUGGGGCACCCCCUUCGUAUGAGGAAGCCAUCAACCCCAAUGCACCACCACCAUCAUACGAUUCUCUGUUUGGGAGAGUACGAGAAGCACAAAAAUCAAGCAAAGGGGUCAUAGAUUUCUUAAAAAACGUCAUAAUUAUUGUUUUAGGAACUCUUGGUUGUUCUAUCAUAUUAGGUGUUACAAUUGUUGUCCCAAUAUGUAUGAUUAUUAUUGGUUCUAUAUAUUUACAUGAGUGCCCACAAGGUGAAUACAUUCCAGUUUAUUUAUUGGUGGGUGGUAUUUUUGGUAUUUUAAAGCAGCUAUUACAUUUAUCUGCUAGAGUAAGACAAACUGAGGAAGAAAGACAGGAAGAAAACUUAAGACAGUCUCCAACACAGACCCUUUUAAACUGCUUCAUGUUGGGAUGGUUCAUUAUUGGUUCAGUUUGGGUUUAUAAAGAAUAUGAGCCUAACUAUGAUCCAACAUCUGGAAAAUACUGUAACAAAAAUCUGUACUUAUUUGCUUUCUGGUUGAUCACCUCUGUUUAUAUUAUUAUGGGAAUUAUAACAUUAUGUUUGUGUUCAAUUAGUGUAGCUACAGUGAUAUUUCAUUCUGAACAAGAUAGUCGUGAAGGUACUGGGAGGAUCUGGUAGAAAGAUCUGGAAAAGCAGAUUUCAUAAAAAUCUUAUAUUUUUAACUUAUUAAAUCAGGUUUUGUUAGAGAUGCCCUAUUUUUUACUAUUUUUUCUUUGGUCUUUUUUCUUUUGUGGGUAUUGGAAAAUAUGCCAUGUUCAUUAUCAGUUUCAUUUUUUAAUCUUUUAACGAUAUUUUCCAAAUUUGAAUUGUUUAAAUUUUUUGUUAAGUUGGUUUUGUAUGUAAAAUGGGGUUAGAAUUAAGAAAUAAUAGUUUAUAUGCAAAUUCCUUCAUAUAGAUAUAUAUGCAAAGAACUUUUGAUUUUAUAUAUAAAAAUAUUUCUUGGGAUCUCUAACACAACUAAAUAUUAACAUUACAUAACCCAAUUAAUUCAAAUGCUUAACUAAACUUUUGAAUCAUAUGCUGGAUGACCCACUGUUUAAAAAAAGUCCAUAUUAGAUUUAAUGAAAAAAAAUGCAUUACCCUUGCUGGCAUAUUUUUAAAAGAAAUCCUAAACAGGAAAUCUGAUAUAGGGCUUUUUGGAAUAGUCUGUCAUUUUUCUAUAUACAUAAUGCGUAUAUUAAAAAUACCAUACAAUCGAGAAAAAAAUGGAGUUAGAGUUGGCCUGGUAAUUAAUCAGUGAUCGUUGUCAUGAAAAAUGAUAUUGGAAAUGUCAUUGACCAUUACUUCCAAGCCAAUUUGACGCCUAUUUUUGUGAUCAUAUGGUAUGUAUAUAUUGUAUUCUUUAAAUGUCAACAAUAUAUUAAAAAAAAUAUUUUUUUUUACAAAUUUCAUACCAAAGGAGAAGAAUUGUCGUCUUAAGAUAAAAUGGAUUCAAAUAAAAAAUCUCUGACAAUUCUUCAAAUAUAAUACAAUCAAAUUAUUAGAUCUGCUUUGUUAUAAUGGAAUAAUUAACAUUUACAUUUAAGAUAUUAUUUACAAAAUUUUAGUGUUAAAAGUGCCAAGGCCAACGUGGCUAAAAAUUUAGGAAAACAGUCGCAUGCUAAUGCUUUUAUAAUCUUUUAUUAUAAUAUGCCGAAAAUGUAAUAUUAUAACUUACCCAUAUUUGAGUGCAGUGUCAUCAAAUAAAUCGGCGUAACAGUAGGCAUAAUAAUAUUUCAUUUUGAGAUUUACUUGUACAGUUGAAGUUUUUGUCAGUUUAUUGCGUUUAUACCGGGUGCGUCUCAAAAGUGGCUUACCCCUAUAACUUUUUUAUUUAUUCAGAUAAAAUAACUAGAUUUGGUAUGUUUGUAUAUGACAUAAAUUAGGAUUGA